AUGCCUUCACAGAAACGACGAGGAGUAAAACCCAAGAACCUGAAAGAACCUGGGGGAAUCUCAAAAGCCAAUAAAGAUUCCAUGCAAACGUCAAAUCCAAAGCAGGAAAAAAGUCAGGGAAAAAGGCAAGGAAAUAGGGAAACUGAAAUGUCACCAGCACAGGGCGCUUGCGGGACAGCUGCUGAUGAGACGCAAAAUAGACCCAGUAUCCAAGAUGACAGUUCCACAAAACAGAAUAAAGAGCGUAAGGACCACAGAAGAAGGAAGCCACAGACAUUUACAAAGGGCAAGACACAAGGGCAUUCAAAUGAGAAAAGAAAACCCAUUUCAGAUGGAGGAGCAUCGUUACCAACUGACAUAAGAGGAACCGGAAAGGAUACCAAGGUAGAAAAAAAAUCUCCAGAUUCCGCACCAAAAUCUGGUAACAUCUCAGCAGGUGGCAAUUUUGACGAAAAGAAACAAGAUCCUCACGGGAGCGGAAGAGAAACAUCACGGGAAUCCAAUGAAAGUAAAGAACUGCCUUCGUCGAGUGGCAAAGGAAGACGUUUUGGUCAAAACAGGGAUUAUCAAACACGAAAAGCUAAUCUACCGAUCAAAAAGCACCAAACACAGCCUCCACUACCAUGUGAACAAAAUAAACACAGCAAAAAGAAAUCACUUCCCAGACAACGAAUCGUCCUUGAACUCUCAACAUUGAGAGAAAAGGAUAGCAUUGAGAUUGUUCAGAAGUUGAAUGAGAGUUUGGAUCGUUUCAAGUUCUUUCUACGAUCAGAGGAGCAGCAGCACAACAGUGAUGAAUUCAUAUCGGACCUCACUUGCACAUUAGCAGUUGCCUGCGAUGCACCAUCGAACGAGAAAACGAAUAAGAUUUUAGCUACACUUAAAGGAUCAGCAUUUUUCAGUAAGAAAAUUCCGUACUUGCUUGAUCGUGUUCAAAUGAAGAAGGCAAUAAAAGAUCCGGAAUCUCGAGGAAAAUUCAUUGGUUGCUUAAUCAAAGUGUUCACGAGUUAUUUGAGGCGCUUGCCAAGUUCAUAUGCUGACCCACCUUACGAUCAACUGAAACAAACCCUGGAACAGUCAAUCGUUGAUGGAAGAGAUGAGUUGACGAAAAAGUUAGAUCACUUCAAGCAAGUAAGAGAUGACAUUAUAAGGGCUGAACGAGCGAGGCAUGGAAAGCGCUAUACCAGGACGACGGAACAAAAACCACCAGAUGAUUUUAGAAAAAUUCCCAUAUGUCCAUCGACUAAAGAAAUCAAAACUCAAGAAGUUCCCUUCUUACGUAAGAACAUAAAAAGAGGACGUUACGAAGACGUCGAGCACUACCUUGAUGUGCAGUUCAGAUUGCUACGUGAGGAUUUCCUUGAGCCUUUAAGGGAAGGUAUCUACGAAAUAACACACCAUGUUUCAAGAGAAAAUCGCAAUCAGAUGAUGAAAUGCUAUCAGCAAGUGGUUAUUGUUCGCAAAGAGUUCACGAUGUCCGGAGUUCAUUACGAUGUUCAAUUUGACGUUUCCCAGUUCGGCAAGACAAACUGGACCCAAUCAAAAAGGCUCAUCUUUGGAUCAUUUCUUUGUCUUUCCAAAAACAACUUCGAAACAUUGCUUUUUGCUACAGUUGCGAAUCGAGACCCAGAACGCCUGCAGAGAGGUAAAUUUUACAUUCAAUUCCUUGAGGACCAGAAUGUUUUUGAGAUUGAAGAAAGUCGAGAUCGAUACCAAAUGGUUGAGUCACCGGCCUUUUUUGAAGCAUAUCGCCACGUACUAAAGGGACUUCAAGGAUUGAAUGAAACGAACAUGCCUUUCACGAAGUACUUGGUUGAGUGCUGUGCAGAGGUGGAUCCACCAGAGUAUCUAAGGCGCAAAAGUGACCAAGAUCCCGUGUGUUAUGAUCUCAGUAAGGCUCUUGAUGUACCGAAAUCAACCAAAGCGAAGAAGGUACCUCUUCUGGUACCUGAAGCCUGGCCACCUGUUGAGUCACUACGUUUGAACACUUCCCAGCUAGAGGCACUGCGAACAGCUGUUUCAACUGAGUUCUCUGUCAUCCAAGGGCCACCAGGGACGGGAAAAACUUAUGUUGGAGCUAAAAUUGUGCAGUGCUUGCUUGAUAACCGUCGGAAGUGGGACCCGAGUAAAACAUCACCAAUGUUGAUGGUUUGCUACACAAAUCACGCUCUGGAUCAAUUCCUAGAGAAGGUAAUGGAGUUUCUUCCAAAAAAAGAGAUCAUUAGAGUUGGCGGUAGGUCUAAAAGUGAGGAACUACAAGCAUGUAAUCUAAAGCUUUUCACGAAGAAGUAUAGGCGACGCGGUGAUCGCCAUGAAGUACAAGGUAAAAUUCAUAAAAACAACAGAGAAAUGAAAGCUUUAAAAGCUGCUCUUGCCAAGGGUGACGGUUAUCUGAUGGAUUUUAAAGAAUUGGAACGCUUCAUGCAGAUGCAGCAUACAGACCAACUGUAUCAAGCUGUCUCACCACCGAAAGCCUCAGCCAUAUAUAAGACAAUUUCAAACAUUUUUAAAUUGUGGCUAUGCAACAACGAGAGGUUGAAUCAUCUGAAUCAGAGUGCAAACGCGUCAGAGAGAGCUGAAGGUGGUGAAAUCCAAGAAGGGUGUAUCAUUCCACCAGAAGGUACAGUUGAAAAAGCUGUCAGCGUUGAUUACGCUCCUUUCGCGACCUUAGAACAUAGUAAUACAAAUGGCUACUUUGGCGACGGAUUUGUGGUAGGAUUUGAUGAACAAUCCCUCAACGAACGCCCCAACGAGAAUGAGGCCAAAAGAGAUACAAGAAACGAUGAACGAACGAUGCCUCUCUUCGAAAUAGGUCAACCUCGGGCUGAAAAAUCACAAACGACCACUCUGAACCUAACCAGCUCGUUUGGGGAAAUGAAACAACCGAGUCCUGCACACGAGUUAUCAAAUAGCAUAACGUUGUAUAAUGAUUUUUUUUCGUCAGUUUCUCUUGAGGCAAGAGAAGUAACUACCGCUGAAAUGACAGAACACCUCGAGGAGCCAGGUUAUCCGUCAAAUCUCGUCCUUGAAAAAGAUCCCAGAGACGAUGAUCCAUUCAUUACCAUAGAAGAAGAAGCUUCAAGGCUACAAAAUGAACGAUUUAUCGAGGGCGAUGAAGAAUAUGAGCUACUACUUAUACCAGAAUCAGCACACGUAAGAGGUCAAGAAGAACAUGAAGGGGGCGUUCCGAACGGUACUUACGAGGACACUCCAUUCGUGUGGCAUAUAAACAGCCUAGAUAGUAGCGAAGGAGGUCAAGUGAUGGGUAGCGAAAGCGGCCGAAGCCAGUUUGAAGCUGAAAGCCAAACACUCCAGUCGCAAGACGAAAUGUUUCUGGCAGAAAAAGUCAGCAAAGUACAUUCUCAGUUGGGGAAGGUUUCAGGGAUGACUGAUGACGAAGCAAAAAUGGUGACAAACAUCUGGGAUUUACCUGAAAAAGAGCGAUUCCGAUUGUACCUUUAUUGGGUUAAGUGCUGUCGUGAACACUUGAGACUUGAGAUCCAAAGAGGCGAACAGAAACAUGAAGAGCUUUGUGCUAAAUGGAAAAUCAUUAUCUGUCAAGAGGAGGAGGAGGUAAUAUGUAGAGCAACAGUCGUUGGGAUGACGACCAGCGGUGCAGCGAGGUACCACUCGAUGCUUCAGAGAAUAGCUCCCAAAAUUAUUAUAAUCGAGGAAGCUGCUGAGGUAAUGGAGGCUCAUAUCAUCACUUCUCUUGCUCGCGACACAAAACAUACGAUUCUCAUUGGGGACCACAAACAGCUGCGCCCGAAACCAACAGUCCAUCAACUAGCCCAAGAAUACAACCUCGAAAUCUCCUUGUUCGAACGAAUGGUGCUCAACAACAUGGAAUGUAAACGCCUUGCCAUCCAACACCGCAUGCGUCCCGAGAUUGCUGCCUUAACUAAACGAAUUUAUGAGCAUGAGAUCAUUGACCAUGAAUCUGUUUGUAAUUUUGACGACAUUUCUGGACUACGUCAUAACCUUUUCUUCCUCGAUCAUAGUCAGCCUGAGUCUUCAGUUCGCGGCCUCCAGACUUUCUCCAACCCUCAUGAGGCGGAAUUCCUAAUAGCGCUCUGCCGUUAUCUGUUAUUGCAAGGAUAUAAACCAGCUCAAAUCACUAUCCUCACCAUGUAUGCAGGCCAACUUUUAGAGUUAAAGAACAAAUUGCCCAGAAAAGAGUUUGAAGGGGUUAAGGUGUGUGUCGUCGACAAUUUCCAGGGAGAAGAAAAUGACAUUAUCUUGCUUUCGUUGGUGAGAAGCAACUCCACAAUUGGGUUCCUAAAAGAAUCGAACAGAAUAUGUGUGGCACUAUCAAGAGCUCGUCAAGGUUUUUAUUGCAUCGGAAAUUUUAGCCUUCUUAAAUGCAAAAGCCCACUCUGGAAAGAAAUAUGUGAUGAUCUAGAAACAAAGAAUGCAAUAGGCCAAACCUUACAACUGGUUUGCAAGCGGCAUGACCAUUGCGACGAGGUAAGAAAUGGACGUGAUUUCCAAAAGUUCCCACUUGGAGGCUGUGGUAGGGUCUGCGGAGACCGCCUUGAUUGUGGCCAUGCAUGUGACAGAAAGUGUCACCCUACAGACGAGUAUCACGAAUUUGGUCGAUGCCCAAAGAUGUGUUUGAAAACCUGCUUCAAUGAGCAUCAAUGCAAGAGGAGGUGUCAUGGUCCAAAUGCCUGUUUAUGUCCACACCCCAUGCUAAAAAUAAUCCCCAAAUGCGGUCACGAACAAAGACUUCAGUGUCACGUUAAUCCAGAGGAGUUUGUUUGCCAGAUGAAAUGCGAGAGAAAACUCGAUUGUGGACACGACUGUGCGGAGGUAUGUGGGAACCUCUGUACAAGGUAUUGUAAAGUUCUAUGCCUGAAGUCCCUGCCAUGCGAACAUGAAAAAAAUUUGCCAUGUUACCAAGACCCCAUGCUUUACAAAAAAUGCAACAAACGCUGCAGCAAAAUCCUGGGAUGUGGUCAUCCUUGUUCAAAGAUAUGCUGCGAAAUAUGCUUUUGCAACACUAAAAUUGACCUUGAACUGCCAUGCAAACAUUCUGUGCGCAUUUUAUGUUCCAAACAGCAUAACCCACCUCGUUGCGUCGAGGAUUGCUGUAGAGAAUUGCCAUGUGGUCAUAAGUGUCCUGGUCCUUGUUGUGAAGAUUGCAGCCAAUAUCAGUGCAAAACUCUGGUUGACAAGCUCCUUACCUGUGGGCACAAAAAAAGUAUCCCAUGCUCUAUGAACCCUCACGACGCCAAAUGUCAAGAAGCAUGCAAAACGAAGUGUUCACGUGGUCACCCAUGUCAACAGCAAUGUCACUUCGGUUCACCGUGUAAAGAUUGCAAGGUUAAAAUAGAUAUGACCAUUCCCUCGUGUGGGCACUUCAUCGAAAUGCCCUGUUUCUGCGAUCCAGCUGCUUUGGUCUGUAAAAAGCCAUGCGAAAGGCUUCGGCUGUGUGGGCACCCUUGCCGAGACUUCUGUGGUAAAAAUUGUGAAAUGCGACCGUGCAUGAAGCUUGUCCAGAGAAAGUUACCCUGUCGACAUUCAAUUACAUUGGCCUGUCACAAAAAUCCUGAAACAUAUAAAUGCAAGGAGAAUGUUCUAGUCGAUCUGCCAUGUGAACACAGAAAGUCGAUGAAAUGUUAUGCUCUCUACGCUGGUAUUCAAAAUGUGCUGUGCCAUGAAAAAGUUGAAAGAAAUUUGCCUUGCCGUCACAAAAUUGUUCUUUCCUGUCAUUCAAAUCCUGACAUGUACAAGUGCAAAGAAAAAGUCGAAGUCAAACUAAAAUGUGGCCAUGUCAUUGUUGCCACAUGCUCGUUUGCCACCGUUGUUGAACAGGAGUUUAAGUGCACAGUUUUGACUAAACGAACAUUGCCAUGUGAACACGAGGUAAAUAUUCCCUGUUAUACAUCUAGCCAGGAAUACAGCUGCCAGGAGAGGGUCGACGUAACACUUUCUUGUAAACACAAACAGCACGUCGAGUGUUCAAAACUCACAGAUGGGCUUGAGAAUGUAAAAUGUGAAGAAGUGGUAACAAAAGCACUACCUUGUGGCCAUAAAAAAGAGAUGCCCUGUUUCACGAGAGCAGAAGAGGUUUCCUGCAACUUGCCAUGUAGACGGGUUCUUUCUUGUGAGCAUCCUUGCCGUGAAAGAUGCAGUGACGACUGCAGUAAGUUUGCGUGUACAGAAAGAGUUCAAAAGAGCUUGGCAUGUGGAUACCAUCAACUCAAAUGUCUUUGCUCGGAGGAUGUUUCUGAAGUUGAUUGUACCCAGAAAUGUGAAAGAAAGUUGCCUUGCGGUCAUUACUGCAAUGGAAAAUGUUUUGAAAUUUGCGGUAAAUACAAAUGCGAAGAGAUGGUUUUGAAAGAGCUAGAUUGUCCUCAAAAACAUACCCGUCGAAUGCCUUGUCACAGAGACCCGAGAAGUGUUGUAUGCUUGAAUAAAUGCACGAAAAAACUAGAUUGUGGUCACCCCUGUGAAGGUGCUUGUGGGAAACCAUGCGAAAGUGUAAAGUGUAUGAGGGAAAUGAAACACACAUUUCCAUGUAGGCACUCAACAAGGGUGUCCUGUUUCGAGAGAAAAACUGCUAUUUGUAGAGCACCUUGUCCGCGUCGAAAGAGUUCCUGUCAGCAUCUUUGCAAGGGCUUGUGCGGGAAACCAUGUGAUUGGUAUCCCUGCCAAGAAGUCGUGACCAAACGCCUGCGAUGUGGCCACAAGAUCAAAAUGCACUGUUGCGACAACCCAGAAAAAGUGCUGUGCCCGAUGGUAUGUGGAAAAAUAAUGCAAUGUGGUCAUCAGUGUUCUGGAGUAUGUGGCAAUUGCCAAAGAAAGCGUUCACACGAAAUUUGCACAAACCAAUGCAGUCGAGUUUUGGUUUGUUUACACCGUUGCAAAGCCCCUUGCUAUUUACCCUGUCCUCCUUGUGUCGGCACAUGCAGUCGGAUGUGCCCUCACGACAAAUGUACACAGCCUUGUUCAACACCAUGCGAACCUUGUAGGCAGCCUUGCACAUUGAGUUGUCCCCAUGGCCGUUGCAAUAAUCUGUGCGGAGAAGAAUGCGAACGCUUUUCAUGCAAUGCUCCCUGCCCCAAGACGCUUCGGUGUGGCCAUCAAUGUAUUGGUUUGUGUGGAGAAGACUGCCCUACGCUCUGUGCCAUUUGCAAUGCGAAAAGUCUUUCAAUAAAAUCAACUGAUGGACGUGCUAACAAUACAGAAGCUCCAAGAUACCUGCAACUCUUCGACUGUGGUCACAUCAUAAAAGUCAAGGACAUGGACGAGUGGAUGGUACAACAACUGGGAAACAAUGUUCAGCUGAUGCGAUGUCCUAAAUGUUCCACAGUAAUUACAUUCAGCUACCGUUAUGGCCAUAUUAUCAAAAGGACUCUCAAAAACGUCGAGAAUGUCAAAGCAAAAAUACAAAAGCUUGCAUAUGAUGUUGUCUACUCUAUUCAGCACACAAAAAGGGAUUUACGUCGCUUAAACUAUGAUGUGAGGAAGUUGAAGUUUCCGCAAACAGUUUUUCGCCUUUCUCAUCCAUAUCCAUGCAGCAUGCACGAUAUGCUUUUGAUUUUUACUCUUAAAAAUCACUUGACGAUUCUUUACCAGGCCCAAGCGACAGAAAGGGUAAUAGCUGAAAUGCAACAAGCUGAUGCCUGCAUCAAACAACAGCCUGAGUUGGAUCAACAAUUAACCAUUAUCACAGAUGCUUUAGGAAAAAUCAAAGCGUGUCUUGAGCAACCACAACUGCAUUUGAAAAUCCUGAGUCGAUUGCAUGACCAAACAAGAAAGUUUUCUCUGUUCUCUCGUGUUUUAGAGGUCCAAAGUAAGGCCACUCUGCAUCAAAUUCCUUGGUCGAACGGUGGUACUCAUCGGCUGAAAAAAGUACGCGAUCGUUUUGAAUUGUUUCUCCAGGGUAAGGACGACGCCCUAGAUCUUGAAUGGUUGAAGAAAAUCGUUAGCUUGUUGAGAUCAGAGGUGAACCUUCCAGACCUGCCAGCCGAGGAAGCCAAAGACUUCGUCAAUUUCCCAGGAUAUCAAAGGGGAGUCUGGAAACUAUGCAAAAAGGGCCAUGUGUACUACACAGGACUUCUUGUGCGAGAGGGCAAAGAUAUCCUCAUUGGAAGCGAAGGAUGCACCCAGUGCAUAGCUAGUGAAAGUGACCAAACCGUAUAAAAUAUUGAAUUAAGGGGCUAAGUUUCUAAAAAAACCCGUGGUACUGCGUCGGUGGAAGAGUUUAACAGGGCGUUUCGAACGUUAGCCCUUCUGACGAGGGGCUACAAUUUCACAAACGGCAGAAGGAUGAAGUUGCCAGCAACCUUUGUUGCUAUGAGUGGUCAUAAAAGGAUAACUAAUUUGAUGGCGAAUCUUUCUACAUAUGAGAGAGAACAGCCUGGGCCUGAUGGUCUAGGUCACCGCUAAGCAAAAAACUUUCAAGGAUAUAAAACAACUUUUCUACUGAACUGGUUAAUACAAAGAGAACCGUAAAAUAGUGUGUAAUCUGUAUCACCUUAAGCGAGGCCAAGAUUUUAGAAGCAGUUAAAUCAAACACUGGUAGUGUUCUAAGAGGAAGGAAUUGAACAUUAGGGCAUACCGCUCAAACCUGCAGCUAACUGACAAAUCGUUGGAAGAGAGAAUAGUAAGUUGUUAAUAAAGUACAUAGAAAAAAUUCAAAAUAAUAAUAGUAGCUAGGUCGCAGACAGCAUAGUUGGAAGAAAAAAAGAAGUGCAAAUCACCUUUUUAAUGGGAAUUUCCAAAUAUCACCAAUAACAAUAGAAAUAAUUUUAGUUAAGUUUAGUUGAACGAAAAGUAGUACCUGAUUGAGAAAAUUGGGAACGUAAUUUAGCAAGCUCAUAUUUGAGGUUCCUUCAAGGGCCUCUAAAUUUCACAAUAUUCUUGCCUCAGAAUUAGCAGUAGAUGUGUGCAUGUAAGUCAAAGAAUACUCCCAUGUCGAUUUUACAUCGGUUUUAUUCUUGUUAGCCACUAUGAACUAAAUUUUCUAAUGUACAGGUUUUGAGUUCAUACGAUAUGAAACAUUUUUGGAAAGAUCAAUCAUUUUUCAUUUUCUUCUGUAAAUUUUUGUAGAGUUUAUUACCCUAUAUAAUGAUUGAAAUUUCCCAGAAUUUGUCCUUUUGUAACCAGUAAACGUGUUACAUGAUGAUCCUGUACCUUAGUUAUGGAUCAAUUUAUUCAAUUCCUUAAGGCUAAAAAUUCAAGUCAUUGCUUUUUCAAGACUUUCAACCAGCUUCGAUGAACAUUAAGUGUCAUAGGCAUCAUCUACUUCAUUUGAAAUAGAAAAUCUUGAAUAUUAAAUGCGAAAAAUGAUAGAGGCUUUCAAAUAAAAGCAUAUUUUACAGUGAUACGCUUCUUUGCCCAAAUUAAUGUCAAAACUUAAGUCUUGUUUGGGGUAAUAGGAGAAAGGGAUAGCUUUAAUAGAGGGUUGACGUCAAUGUGUAGCCACCGCUGAUAUUUAUACUUCAAGUAUAUUCUAUUGACCUAUAACAGAAUUUUGGCUCCUAGAAAACAACACGUGGGAGAAACGAAAAAAUUUGAAGGAAAUAGUUAGAUCGUGAUGAUCAGGUAAAAAUAACUGCUUUGUUUUCCCGCAAAACAUUCGUUUGGAAUUGAAUUCUGGGGUGGCAAAUGUGUUAUUUAAA